AUGUCUAUGAUAACCCUGGUCACGACUUGUCUUUGUUUCUUGCUGGUGUCUAGCUUCCCAUGGACGAACAAGGCCAACGUAAAUUGCCUGAGGACCAUAAAAUCCCAAGUUGAAGAUCCCAAUGGAUACUUGUCCAGUUGGAAUUUUGCCAACGAAACUGAAGGGUCUAUCUGCUCACUCAACGGUGUCGAUUGUUGGGAUCUGAAAAGGGUUAUGAGCAUUCAGCUUUCUGGUUAUGGUCUCAAAGGAGAGUUUCCUCUUGGAAUUAAGGAAUGUUCUGAUCUGACAGGUCUGGAUCUCUCUAGAAACAACUUCUCUGGUCCUUUACCAUCCAACAUAUUCUCUUUAAUUCCAUUUGUUACAAUUCUCGACCUCUCCUACAAUCAAUUCUCCGGUGAAAUCCCUGUCAGCUUAUCAAACAUUAACUAUCUGAACAGUCUUACGCUUAGUCAUAAUCAGUUCACUGGCCAGCUUCCUCCCCAGCUAGUGCUACUUAAACGGCUCAAAUGGUUCUCAGUGGCAGACAAUCUUCUGACCGGCCCUGUCCCGAAUUUUGAGGAAUCCUUGCACAUCGUACCUGAGAAUUAUGCUAAUAACCUGGAUUUGUGUGGUGGGCCUCUAGAUGCUUGCGUUGAUCGGGAAGAAGAUAGAGAAGAAACUAUCCCGUUCGGGAAGAUGAGUGCAGCAAUUGGUGCGGCUUUUUUUGCACCAGUAGGUGCAUUCUUAGGCUGGUUCUUCUCCAAUGGUAGUAAAGAGAAACAAGGAGAUAUAAGACGCCGAAACUGGUUUUAG